UGAGGAGGAGGGGGAAGGCUCUUUAGUAGGAUCGGAAGAGGAGAGACAGAGGUAUCGGUGGGUGAAAUCGGAGCGACAUAUGAAAACUGUGACCAUGAGGUCUUCAAUAUCAGUUGAAGAGAUGGCUUCUGAUUGGUGUAAGAUGACACCAGAGCACUAUCUGCAACACUGUCACCUCACUUUUAUAAAUGUGUUUAACGAGCUCCUCUUCAGCCAGCAACACGAGCCAACAAGAUACCUCAAGUGGGCCCAGGAGGGACUGCUGCUCAGUAAAAAAGUGAACUGCAAAGAUGAGGCCGUGGAUAUAACUGUGAUCCAGACCAUGGAAAUCAUGUGGAUGCUUUAUGGAGAGAUGCAAAAGAAAUGUAAUCAGGGCGGGUUUGUUGCUGCCCUCCUGAAGAACUUUGAACAAGUGAAGGACGACUCUGAACUGAAGGAGGUCAUCUGCUCUGCAAAACCUUUAAUAAACCAAAUUCCUAUUGACAGCAUUGCCCCUCAUUGGACAGAUCUCCAGAAGAACACGGCCCUGACGAUACUGCUCGCACAUUUUGCAGAUUAUAUAAAGAAAUUUGCUGCUGAGGGAGAUUCUGUGCUCACUGACUUUGAAAGAAAUUGUGAAUCAAAUAACCAAAAGAUUGAGAAUCUUCAGAGGAAAAGUGAAGAUGAAGUGAAUAUAAGCGAAUUCAGAGCUGCCAUUGCCACAUACAGCAAGGCCGUCGAAAUCAGCCCUUAUAAUCAUCACUUGUAUUGUCGGAGAGCCUAUUGUUACCUGCAGUUGAAUGAUCACAGAAUGGCAGUACUGGACAGCGUUAGAGCAACGGUUCUAAAACCAGAUUAUUUUAAGGGCCAUUACUUCUGUGCUAAAGGUCUCCUGGCAGCAGGCUACCCAGAAUAUGCUAUGGUAGUGAACAGGAGAGGCGCUGACCUCUGUCAGGCAGGAGGAGGUGACAUUAUAGUGCUGCAGGAACAGCGAAGCGAAAUUCAAGUGGAAAUGAAAAAUAAAGGUAACUGGGAAACUACAAACGGGCAGAACAGUUCGAGAAAAAAGACCACCCUGAGUGGCGAGGACAGCCCUGUCCCUGAGCUGGUGUCAGACUCAGACGAUGGCCAAGAUUAUAUUGAAUCUUUGGAUGGAGAGGAAGCAAUCGGGGUUUUCAAAGGGGAGGAAUUCCAGGCAGCCUGGGAAAACCUGAUGGAUAACUUAACAGAAAAAAAAUUUGAGACUUUUGAUGAACUUCUUGAGGAGGAGUCUGAGAAAAACAACAGAUCAGCUCUCAAAGCUGAAAAGACAAACACGAAUGAAGAACUUCUUCUGGAUCCUAAUGACCAAUCACAUGUGGAGGAAGAUGGAUCUAAAAAGAAGUCUUCCACGGACGCUCGAACUGCAGAUAAGAUUGUUUUUGACCCUUCAAAGUGUCGCCUGUGGAGGGCAGUUUAUUCGGAGCAGGAGCUGAUCUCACAGGGCAUUGAGGACGUCUCGUUCUUGCUAUACCGCUUGAAAUUAAAGAAGUUCCUCUCUGAAAAUGACCAGGAAGAGGUGGAGAAGCAGAGCACUGCUCCCUCAAAGCUGGACACCCUUCUUUGGAUUGUGUUAAAAAAGAACUCAAACCUGGAGAUUCGCAAGUUCACCUCCGUGCUGGUCGCAAUCGAUGGUCUCAAACCAGAGCUUUCCAAAUGGGUCCAAAAUCUGGAGGAAAUGGGGAACAGCUGUGCUGACAGUUUUCUGUACCUAUACUUGGAAGUUUUGGCAGAACCAUUGAGUGGCCUCCCUUUAAGAGACCUUAUUUACAGCCUACAGACUCGAAAUAUUCUGACUGACGUAGAGAAUGACUUGUUAAUGAAGACCGCACCCGUGCAUAGGGGCCAGCGGCUGCUGGAGGUCAUAGUGUACAUGAAGUCGGCAGCAGAGAAGGCUGAGUUUGUCUUCCUUUUAGAAGAAGAGCGAAGAUCUUUUCCGACACUAAAAAAAUACCUGGACGAGUUCCAGCAGGAAUUUGAAAAGCUGCGUGUUGGAUACAUACCUCGGUUUAAAAGAUACAUGCCAAUUAAAAGGCAUCGAAGGCGUGAGGAUCUGCCGGCUGAUGAGCGAAACUCGUACUGUAACUUCUUCCGUCUGAUGUACCUCGUCAUUCUGGAAGGGACACGCAUGGCACAGAAGGUUUUCGCCGAUCGUGUGCCAGUCAACGACCUGCAGGCGGAAAUUAAGAAGCUAAAGAAACCGGACCUGCAUCGCCACUUCCGGGAAUUCCAAACGACCUUCCUCUCCCACUCCGACUGGGGCUUGCUGUAUCCGCAGAAGUCCUCCCCGCUGGAGUUUCAGAAAUACGACGUCACCCUGAUCGUCUUUUUAAUGAUGCAUAUCAAGUCUUUUCCUCAGCCGCGGAAGGGCUGGAAAGUGGAGCCGACUCCCGACGACCUCUCGAAGUCGGGCAGCCUCCUGCGCCUCCUGUACCUGCGGAGGCGGCUGGUGACCCGGGACGGCUACAUGGGUGUGCCGGAGGCGGAGUUUUUAUCAAUGUGGAGCGAGGCGAAGCAAUCCCUCUGCCGGCUCGGCAAAGACCGGGAGGAGAUUGAGGAUAUAAUGUUCACGCCUGGCUACUUAUUGUGGAGGGACCACGAGCAGAUUGCAGAACUCAUGGGGAGGCAGUGCUCUGACAUGAUCGGACAGUACAUGACUGCCAUGAAAAACCACUUACACACGGGUGCUAAGCCCACAGAGGCAGGGAAAAUGUGCGAGACCAAAGCAGAGUCUCCGCCAGGGAUGAAGGAGAAUGCUAAACAACUAAAUGACACGUCCACACCCAACAAGAAGAACCAGAAAGAAACCGCAAAUGAAAUGGGUGCUGGGGGCGAUGCACAGAGUGGACUGGAUCAAGAUAUCACGGAAGAGGAAAUUUCAACAUCGUCGCAAGUAACAGGGAAGGCGGAAGGAAGUUCACGGCCUUUGGAGUCGCAUUGUUCGAAUGACCCCCAGAAAAUUAGCCGGAGGAAAAAGAAGAAGAAAACCAAAGGGAGAAAGAAGUCCAUGCAUCCCAUUGAGAAUGUGAAUGAGAAGGAUGUGGAGAGCACGGCAGAUGAGGACAGGGAGGAGGACAUUUCGCAAGUAUCACAGCAAGAAAUCAGGGAGAAGAAUGAGUUUGCAGAGUUGGAGGCUGCAGUGCGAAGGUGGCAGCUGCUGUGUGAAGAGAAGACAGCACAAUAUGAGCAGCUGGUAAAGCGGCAGGGAAAGACACAGGACAGUUACAAGCACCAAACUGCAGAACUGCAGAGGCUGAAACAAGAAAUGGAGAAUGAGCGGAAAAUGCACCAAAACGACAAGAAGGCUUUUCAGAACCAGAUCAAAAGUCUUCAAGAUGCACUCCAGAGCAAAGAAGAGCUGAUCAGGAAGUCCGAGAAACAGAUCCGGGCACAAGAGCAGGAGUUAGAAAACCAGAAGAAACAUUCCCUGGGGGAACAAGAACAAUGGGCACAGGAGAAGACUCGGUUGGAGAAACAAUCAGCAAAAAGCAAAGAUGAAUUCAUUGAAGCCAUGAGGAGAGCGAUGGCUGCUGAGGUUCAAGUCUUGGAGUGCAGACGAGAUAAAGGGAUCAUUUUUCUUGAGCAAGCUGCAAAGGAAGGAGAGGUUAAACUGUCUGGCUUGAGGCAGAAGCUCAUGAGCACGCCUACGGUUCAGAUUGAUGUCAAGGCUGCGAUGCUGGCGUACGAGUUGGUCCUCGCUGAUAUCAAGUCAAAAAUACACCAAACAGUGAGUGCCUUCAAUGAACAGAUUGAUUUGAUUCGGAAUGGUGCAAAGCUGAGUAACAUGCCUCAGGUUCCUGUCCUCCUGCCCCCAUCCCAGUCUGAUUUCAUGCUUAUCUACAUGGCAAAGCAAAAAGAGCUCUUGGCUUCCAGUGGCUUUCCCACGAAUAACACCAGCCAGGGAGCAACCUCAACACUGCCGGCAUUUCCCCCAGGAUUGGCUCCGUUGAACAAUCAACUGGGAAUAACACAGCGCUCAAUGUCCCCGGGAUUAUCUGUGCAGACAGCACCGACUGGGUUACCACACCAGACACCUAUUGGUUCAGGCAAUCCCAACCAAGUGGGGAGCUCAAAUCAAAACCACUUGGAGCGACUUUUGGAGCGAUUGACUGAGUUGUUCCCACAACACAACAGGGAAACAAUGAUCAUCUUUCUACGGCAGGUCCGCGCGAUGAACAAUAACUCAUUGUCUGGGCUGUCCUUUGAACAAAUCAUCAGUCAAGUAUCAGUCCUUAUCAAAAACCAUCAGCCACUCUUUGGUAACACAAAUCUAGACUAUUCGAACCUGCCAGCUGAUCCAAUGUUACCUUCAACAACAUGGAGAAAUGUUACACCGGAUUCCCUUAUAAAUCGGCAAGGAUUUACGACGGGUUUGUCACAUCAGAGCGGAGUCAGUACCGAACCUGGCCUCCAGGAUGAAGAUCCCUGUGUGAUUUGCCAGGAGGAACUGACCACCAGUCGUCUCUUUGUGAUGAAAUGUGGACACAAGUACCACAGAGAGUGCAUCUCUUUGUGGCUGAAGGAGCAGAAGAGCUGCCCAAGUUGUACACUCAGCUUUGCAACCUCCUUCUCGCAAUCCUAACUGUGUGAACUGGAAUCUGUGACCCUUGUCGACAGACUGACCUGCCGGGAAUCCGAUCGCUGGGCUUUUUGCUUCAGUGAAGCGAAGCCUCUUGUGGCGCGGUUACAGGACAGGAGUGUGCACGAUACAACAUCCCGAUUUUGUUGGGGACAGUACUUUGGGGUUCCUGGGAUAAUUGUGGCAUCCUGGAUUUGAAACUAAUUCAUUGAGAAGUUCUAAUCAAAGCUGGCGUCACAACACAAAGAUUAUUUUGUGAACGGUAUGCUGAUUUCUUGACUGUGCUAUUGGCGCACAAUUUAAAAGUACUGGGAGGGCUUGUAAUCAUUUGCAAUUAAAAAAAAUAAAGAUCUUCUAAGUA